AUGGAUCUGUCUGGAGGACGUCGUCGCCCUACCCCUGCCGAAAGAAACGCCCGCUUAGUUGAGGGCCGAUGUUUCUAUUGCGGAGGUGUUGGACAUAUGGUUAGAGAUUGCCCCCAAGCGAGGGCGACAGGAAACCAACCAAGGAGGCCUGUAAUGAGAGGAGCGGCGUUGACGGUAGAAGAAAAUGGCGGAAACGAUAACGAGUCGGCAAAAGAUUUGUCCCUGCACUAA